AUGGCCGCGUCCGUGGCCCUGCCCCUGGCCGUGGGGCUGGCCUUGGCCCUGAGCGCCCCGUCGGGGGUGGGCGCGGCGCUGGACCUGGGCUCGCUGACCACCAAGUGCGUGGCGGUGCCCGCCGCCCUGGGGCUCUGUCGGGAGCCCGGCCGGGGCCCCUCGGAGAUGCGACUGCCCAACCUCCUGGGCCACCGGAGCCUGGCCCAGGCCGUGCCCCAGGCGGCCGGCUGGCAGAGGCUGCUGCCCACCCGCUGCCACCCGCACGUCAGGACCUUCCUCUGCUCCCUGCUGGCCCCCGUCUGCCUGGACGCGUUCAUCCAGCCCUGCCGGAGCCUCUGCGUGGCCGUGAGGGACAGCUGUGCCCCCGUCCUGGCCUGCUGGGGCCGGGCCUGGCCUGAGAGUCUGGACUGCGACCGAUUCCCCGAUGAGGACCUGUGUCUGGCCCCCCUCAGCCCGGGCUCCAAACCCAGCCCCAAAGUGCUGCCCCCGCCUGCCUGCCAGAGUUGCCCCCCACUGGAAGAGCUCACCUCGCCCUGGAGAGCCCUGGACCUGCCCUGCGACGGCAGCUUCGGGAUGAAAGCCAAGCUGACCCGGCGCAAGGCGGGGCCGGGCCCGCCGCAGUUGGAGGUGGAGGGGCCCGUGGAGCUGAGUGGCCGCGGCCGGGUCUCUGCGGCCGAGGCGCGGGAGCUGCUGCGGCGGUGGCUGCUGAUCAACGAGGACUGCGCGCGGGGGCUGACGCGGGGCCCCCGGGUCCCGGCCGGCUACCUGCUGGUCGGACGCGUGAGCGACGACGGGAGCUUCCGCGUCAGCCGGGCUCACCCCUGGCCCCGCCCGGACCUCCCGCUGCCCCGGCCUCCCCCGGCCACGCACAAGCGGAGGUGGCCGAAGCGUUUAUCCUAGCCGGGGCCGGUGGGGAGGGGGACGAGGCGGCAUCCCCGAAUCGUGGCCCUGCUCCGGCCCGCCCUGUAGAUACCCCAUCCCCCGUAAUAUAACGCCCCAGCGAAAGCUUCUUCCUCCGCCCCCACGAGCCCCUUUGGGCCGAGGCGAUUUUGUAAGUAGAAAUGCGGAUUAAGAGACGGCAAACCUGGGCCUCGGGCCAGUCCCUGGCCUCGGGCUUCGGUCCCGUCCGGUCCCAGCUUGACCCGAGGCGCCCGCCGUGGGCUGAGGCCUGG